CCCUUAAAGACACAUGAAGUACUUUGGUUCUCUGUUUCUGUUCUUCUUCUCUAACGUCUAGGGGUCGUUCAAUCUUUUUUACUUAGGAUCAAACCAAACAGACUAUUUUAACCCUAACUCUCGAUCUGGUGGGGACGAUGAGUGGACGGCCGGCGAAAAGGCCGAGGAUCGACCAUUCCGUCGUGAAUGUCUGGGAACGGGAGGUCGGUCUCUUGCCCAAUCGCAGUUUCUCCAACCGUUUUUCAGCCUCCGAGGAUCUAUUGCGCCGUCUCGGACUUGACAAGAAGCUCGACAAGCAUAAGGGUUGUGUAAACUCAGUCAGUUUCAAUGCAGAUGGAGAUCUCUUGCUCUCUGGUUCUGACGACAAACAAGUUAUUCUGUGGGACUGGGAGACUGCUUCUGUCAAACUCUCAUUCGAUUCCGGCCACUUCAAUAAUGUAUUUCAAGCCAAAUUUAUGCCUUUCUCUGACGAUCGUAGCAUAGUCACAUCUGCUGCUGAUAAGCAGGUCCGCUAUUCCAAAAUUCUUGAAUCUGGACAAGUAGAGACUUCUUUGUUGGGUAAACAUCAAGGACCCGUCCACAAGUUGGCUGUUGAGCCUGGAAGUCCCUUCUCAUUCUAUACUUGUGGUGAGGAUGGGGCUGUAAAGCAUUUUGAUCUUAGGACUCGGGUGGCUACAAAUCUUUUCACUUGUAAAGAAGCAAAGUUCAAUUUAGUUGUCUACCUGCAUACAAUUGCAGUUGAUCCGAGGAACCCUGGUCUUCUUGCGGUGGCUGGAAUGGAUGAGUAUGCUCGUCUCUAUGAUAUUCGCAGCUAUCGCUCAGAGGGUUGGUAUAAUUUUACCCAACCCGUAGACCACUUUUGUCCUGGCCAUUUGAUUGGAAAUGACCAUGUAGGAAUUACAGGUCUGGCAUUCUCAGAUCAAAGUGAGCUCCUUGCUUCAUAUAGUGACGAGUUCAUCUAUCUUUUCACCCCUGAUAUGGGGCUAGGCCCAGCCCCAUAUCCUUCUUCAACUAAGACUGAGGAGAGGAUGACGCCUCAGGUUUAUAAAGAGCACAAGAACCGUGAAACAGUCAAAGGUGUCAACUUUUUUGGACCCAAGUGUGAGUAUGUGGUAAGUGGUUCUGACUGUGGCCGAAUAUUCAUCUGGAGGAAGAAAGACGGAGAGCUCCUCCGUGCCAUGGAAGCAGACAAACAUGUUGUCAACUGUAUAGAGUCUCAUCCUCACAUGCCACUGAUGUGUAGCAGUGGAAUAGAUACUGAUAUCAAAAUAUGGACUCCUGGAGGAACCGAGAAACCUGUGUCGCCAGCAAAUGCAAAACAGGCUUCGUGUUUUGGUAACCUGCAAUGGUUCGACGGAUAUAAUGUGGAUGGUGAUGAUGAUUCUGACGAUGAAUCUAGUGAAGAGAGUUCAGAUGAUGAUGAUAGUGCGGAAGAGGAAGAGGAAGAGAAUGGUGAAGUUGAAGUUGAUGAUGAUGAUGAUGAUGAGGAUGAAGGAUGAGAUUUGUAUAGGACAUGUAGUUAUCUAAAAAGGAUACAAAAUACUAGGAUUCGAUAGACAUUUUCAUCCUCAAGCAAUGAUGGAUCACAUUUUCAUCCUCAAGCAAUGAUGGAUCACAUUUUCAUCCUCAA